GCAGAGAGCCGUAUACCACCGUAAAAGAAAACAUUCAAACACGACGAAUUUGAACGAUUUAUAUGGCAAAAGUUAAAAAAUACUCACGAAGGCGUGAAGACGCCAUUUAAGUUGAUUUACCCUAGAAAUGGCAACAUGCGGAGAGAAGCUUAUUGGCUUACGCGGGGAAUGAAGUUGGCGGCACGCGAUUGCACGUGGUGGGGACUACCCGGUCGUCGCCGGUCACCGAAAUCUAGGUCAAUUGUUAGAGAUUCAUCGUGGGGGUUCCUGAUCGCCGGUAACGGCGCCAAAAUGAUAGCGGGGUUAUGUUUAGAGGCUGGAAGAGAUAAGAAGGGGUGUUUCCCGUUUUCAAUUGACUGACAAUUCGGACAAAAUGGAGCAAAACACCAUCAAAAGAGGCGGGGUCGGCCUAAGGGGCGUUGACAAGGAGCAGACUUUUGGAGGAUACACUCUUUUUGCGCCUCUAGCCGGGGAUAUUGCAUACCUCGUUGAUAUCGACGGAAAGGAAGUUCAUCGCUGGCAAUUGCCUGGCCGAACUGGACGACACGCGCGGAUUCUCCCCAACGGAAAUCUCGCCAUCAACACUAUCAACCCGGAGACGCCCGACAUCUUCCCCUUCAUCCAUAAAUAUGGCGGGGGUGUUAUGAGCGAGUUGGAUCCAGCCGGGAAUGUUGUCAGGCAGGUCAAGGAUCCUCUGGGCCAUCACGACCAGUUCCAUUAUGGGGAUGGAGGUUUCCUGUAUACGAGUUUGGAGGCGCUUUCGAAGGAAGACUCGGCCAAGGUUGUUGGCGGGAUUCCAGGUUCGGAGAUUGACGGCGUGACGUAUGCGGACAUCAUCAAGGAGAUUGACCCUAAAGGAAAGGUGACCUUUGAGUGGAAAGUCAGCGAGCGGUUGCCAAGGGAGGAGUUUCCUCUGCAGUCACAUUACGGGAGGGAGCACUAUCCUCUAAUUAACAGUGUUCUUCCGUUGAAGGAUGGAAAUAUUCUGUGUUCUAUGCGAUCGAUUUCUGCUGUGCUCAUCAUUGAGCGGGCGACUGGAAACAUCAUCUGGAGUUUGAAGUCGGACGUUAUUGCACAGCAGCAUUGUGCGACGGAGCUCGAGAACGGAAAUAUCCUGAUCUUCGACAACGGCGCAUACCGCACGGGCGAGUCGAACACAUAUAGCAGGGUUAUUGAGGUGGACCGCAGGACGAAAGAAAUUGUGUGGCAGUAUAGGGACCCGUCGCAGUGGAAUACCUUUUUCACUCCGUUUAUGGGGAGCGCGCAGAGGUUGGCGAAUGGGAAUACGCUCAUCUGCGAGAGCGCGUUUGGCAGGAUCUUCGAGGUGACGGUGAAGGGGGUGUUGGUUUGGGAGUAUAUUGUGCCGCAUUUUGCAGAGUACAAGGAUGAUAUCACGAGGGGGAUCUUUCCUGGCGAGUCGAAUGCGCUGUUUAGGGCGUAUAGGUAUUCGAAGGAGGAGUUGCCGUGGUUGAAGGUUUAACGGGGGCGAAGGGCGGGUGAGUAAGGGGUAGUUGAACGUCCGAAUAGAGCGGCGUGAAAUACGGAAAAUAGAAGUAUAAAUUAUUAGUCUAGUCUAAAAAACAGAAACG